AUGUUGAGAGCGGGCUCUGCCCAUUACCCGGCCGCUCGCGCGCCGUUGCUCCCGCGCUCCGCCGCCGAGCCCGCUGGGAGCCGCCGCGGACCAAUAGGGAAGCGGCUCGCGCUCGCCGCGCCUCGUUCCCACCCUCACUUCCACUUCCGGCGGCGGAGGGGGGCGGACGUGCGGCGGCGGGAGCGGAGCCGACGUGUCGCAGCAGGGACCGGCGACAUGGAGCUGGAGGCGAUGAGCAGAUACACGAGCCCGGUGAACCCGGCCGUGUUCCCGCACCUCACCGUGGUGCUGCUGGCCAUCGGCAUGUUCUUCACCGCCUGGUUCUUCGUCUACGAGGUGACAUCCACCAAGUACACCCGGGACAUCUACAAGGAGCUGCUGAUCUCGCUGGUGGCAUCGCUCUUCAUGGGCUUCGGCGUCCUGUUCCUGCUACUCUGGGUCGGGAUCUACGUCUGAACCCCCCGGGGGGCGUGGAUGGGGGAUUCGGGAAAGCUCUUUUUAUAUUUGUUUUGUAUUUCAAGGAGAAAACGCCUGUAGCAGGUGUGGUCUGCGACAGGCAGUGACCCACAGGUGAAUAAAGGUGGCUCUGACACA